GGGGAAAAAAGCACGACGUGAGGCGACUUAGGUGUACAUAAUCAAUGCACAAUGGCGGAUGGUGAAAAUGUGUAUUACCGAGGUGAAGGAAUUUGUAACCUUGUUUUAGCCACAGAAAAGGAGAAACAAGUGUAUCGUCUUAUGAAAGCUGGCAAGUACUCCGGCAAACAGGGCUGUAACAAAGGUCAUCGUGCUCAGGAGAGAUCAAAAUGGAUUCACCAAUCUCUGGAGGAUAAUGUUGAGUACAUCAAGAACAUUAUGGUCCCCCUUCUGACAGAUGCCUUUGUUGUGAUUCCAAAAAUCAGAGAAAUACCUCAAGGUUUUACAGAGAGAAUUGAGGAAGAGAUCAAACACAUACGAACAGCACAUAAACGUGUACAGGAGGAUGAUUUCCGCACUGUCGACCCCGCCACUUGUUCAGCUUUGGUGCUACCCGAUUUCUGCUACGUCACGGAUAUUUCAACAAACACUUGUAUAUCGUCUUCAGCCCCCGACGCUUUUCCCACCAUCAGUGUUGAAAUUAAGCCAAAGAAAGGUUUUAUCCCUCUCUCCGCACUGAAUAACGACUCUUCCACCAUGAAAACUGGAGUCUGCAAAUUCUGCAUGCACCAGAGAUUAAAGGCCAAAGAGGGGCGAUGGACCACGACCAGUCAUUAUUGUCCGCUCGAUUUAUUCUCAGGGAGCCGCGCUAGGAUGAGACAUGCCCUCCAUGGUUUGUGUGUCACCCCACAGAACAAUCUGAAAAUCUGUCAAAAUGGUAUUGAGGUGUACAGUGAAUUCAUGAAGAAUGAAAUUGGUAAAAUUCUGCAGCAAUUCUUUGGUGACUCAGUCAAUGGUCUGAAGAAUGGCAUGAGAAAACAACUGGAGGUACAAACCUUUGUUGACUUGAUUAUUGAUGCCCUAUUGUAUGUACCCAAAAAAUCGGAGAUCCAUCGGUCCUGUCACACGGUUCUGAAAUCCAGCAAUCGGCAGACAAAGGAUUCACCGUGUGUCACUCACAGAAAGCCUGUCCAGACUGUAUAUAGCCAGCAUUGUCUGAACAGUUCAUACAAGGUCAAUCAUGAGGAAAAGUCAGAGCCCAGCAGUCUCCCCCACAACUGUGUAUUGGACCGCAUCCUCCACGUCCAGACGCUGGACCAGAUGGACAUUGAGGAGAUCCACCCCCUGUAUGUCAAGGUCAAAGAACACCUGGCAUCCCACCCACAGGACAGUUCCAACUGGAAUUUGUACGGGCCGUUCACCCAGGAGACCUGGCUUACUCCUUGCCUAGAGGACCCAUUGAGCCAGCCCGACCCAGAAAGCAUCGAGUUCGCCGUUAAUCAGGUCAAGAGACACAAUGUGUCUAAGACUGCCCAGGACUGCUCUAUAAUGGUGGCCAUGCAGCAGAUCUCUCCCAAUACAAGCAGUGAAAACAACGAUAUGGUGCUGACGGACAGUUACGGCAGGAAGUACAUAUUUUCCGUGGUGAUCAUUGACCUUGACCCGAAGCCAGUGGACAAGAUCAAGAAGUACCACCGCCAGCAGUCGGACAUUGUCCAGGCCUUCGAGGAGGAGCAGUCCGAAAACGAGACCGACGACUGCACCCUCAACGAUUAAUUUAAGCUGACGGUCACUGUGUCAGUGAAAGUCAAGGUCAAAGUGUCAAGGGCAUAACAUUUUUAAGGCCAUUAUUAGGACGUGGCAUUGCGUUACUUUAGGAGAUAAAGUCUGUGUUAAGUGUGAUUGUUUUGAGAUUGAAUGAAGACUAUUAUUUUUUUUUUUAUGAGUACCGGUAUUGUUGUGGAUUAAGAAAGAAUUUUUUGUUUGUUUCCAUGGUUAUAUUCUUAAAAAGAAUUUUCCAAGGCAGUCUAGCAAACUUCUAGUCAUAUAUACCUUGUGUUGUUGGGGUUUUUUUUUAUAAUUUUUUUUCUUUAAGAAAAAACAAUAUUUUGUUGCCAUCAUUUUGUGUGUCAGAUAUUGUUAGAGUGCUACCUAUUAAAAAAGUUAUGACCUUUACGCCCAAAAAAAGUCAUCAUUGAUUUUCAAAAUAUAUAAAUUAUAUAUAAUAUAAAUAUAUAAAAAUAUCAUGUUUGUGAUUAAAAAAAUCUACAUAUCAAAAUGCCAAAUUUCAAUUAGAAGAAAUAUCAAAAAUUUUGUUUACAUUAGGAUUAAAAUACAGUUUUAAGGGUCCAGUUAUGAAAGAUUUUUGUAUUUGUUUUGAAUUUGCCGGUGGUAAUUAGCUCUAUUGUUAGAAUAGUGUUUAUUUUAUUCUCUAUACAUACAUGUGCUGCAUUCUCCCCAUUCUUUCUGUCUCUCAGUGUCUUCAUCUCUCUGUUUCUCCAAAUCUUUUGAUAUUCAACCCUCACUCUCUCUUUCCUAAUGAAGACAGAGUUUUUUCCCAAGAGAUGAAUGUUUUAAAUUCGUCAGUUUUACUGCAUGUACAAUAUAAUGUUUAAUGGUAAUUUCUUAUUGUCGUGAGUUUUUUUUUCUUAAGCCAUGUUUGUUAAAAAGUUCAAUGAAUUAUGUAUUUGAGGAAUAUGCUGUGAACGAUCAGUUUUGUUUUAAUCAUUUUAGUUUGUAAGGUUUUUUUGUGUUUAUUUUUAAAGAGUCAUGGAGACUUCUAGUAUCUAAGAUACAUGAUGUGCCAAAAUAGAUUUAUUGGGUAGAAAUAUGGGUUUUUGGUCCUUUUGAUUUAAAAAAAAAAAUAGUUAUAGAUAUUUAGUUUUCCCAAAUGAAAAAGAAAAUCUGAUUCAUGUCAAGUUCUACACAAGAAUCAUCACAAGAGAGUCCCUCUGCUGUUUGUUCAUCCCACCUAAAGAUUACCUUUUGUAUCUUUUCUUUUUUUUAAAGAGAAAGUUCCUAUAUUUAUCUUAUUUGUGUCCAGCAAACAUGAAAAGAUUCAAUGUAUUGAUGAUAGAGAAAUCCCAAAGAUAGUUGGUGCAUUUUGAAACUGGUGCUACUCCACUCUAUACAUGUAGUUCUCUGCAAUAUGAAGUCAGCUGAUAAGUUGCAGUUGCAAUUUGUGUGCUAAUGUUCUAAGACACAUUUUUUUCUUUAUUGGUGUCUUUAAUUUAUACUUUUCUCUUAGUCGAACAUUUGUUCAACCUAUGGAAUUUACCCCCCCCCCCCCCCUCCCCUUGUUGAUUUUGAAUUAAAUAAAAAUUUAAACAAGCACACAAUCUAAAAGAUUGAUUUUAUAUAAAUUUGUGUUCUUGUCACUUUUGUGUUUUUGGGAGGGAAGGGGCUGAUGUAAAGUUUAAGUUCACUAGGGUGCAUGGACUUUUUACCAUGGAAUCUAUUCAUCGUCUUAAUAUUGUCAUCAUUUAACAUCUCUUCAACAUUUUUCAAUGAUUAUAUCAAUCCCAUUUAGGUGUGACUUUUUGGAUUGCAACCAAAUUGAAUAUGGUGAAAUCCAUAGUCACACCAAAAAAAAAAGAAUUGAUGAUUUAAUAUAAGUCUAGCCUAAAGCCAUGUACGAUAAAUCGUCAGUUAGGUCAUGCGUUAAUGUCAAUGUUGAAUUGGUGACCCUCUUGCCAUCUAUAAUGAUUACACCAAUCAGAAGCAAUCACAUCUGCUGUGAUGGCCAUGUGUCUGACCCAGUUAUUCAAUAUCAUGUGUGUAAAAAUUGUUUAACCUUCAUUAUUUACUAAAUUAACAGUGUUUGGUCUCAAAUUUGAUUGUUCUCAUAGAAAAAAUUCAACAUUAGGUUAGUUGAUUAAAUUGAAUCUUGGAUUUAAUUUAAAAAGUAUAAAUAUUAUUGGAUACCAGCUCACAUCUUGCAGGCAAGAUAAGUUGUGUCAGACUUGAAUUUGUAUAUAAUCCUUCUUUAAUACUAUGAGAAGAAUCUCUUAUUAAUAAUCAAUUGUUCAAGAUUAUCAACAUAAACUCAGCAGAAUCAAGUUCUUCAGAACCAGUUUUAAUAUGGGCUGUGAAUCUAAAAAUUAAGUGAUCCGAUAACCUAUUGUGGAAAACAGUCUGUUGACAGUACUCUGCUAUAUUGAAUCUCUUGUUUCCAUUUAUAAUGUAUUGGUGAAUGAUAUGAUUUCAGGUAUAUAACAUGUAAUCUCAUAAAAUAUUUUUUUUUUAAAUCUUGCGGUUGAUGCUUUGCACAGACAACCAAAAGGAAUUAUCAAAUCUUGUUUUGGGUAACAUUAAGGUACAGGACAAGCAUGUUUUUUUGUGAAUCAAAAACUUUUAUUACCAUGUCUUAAAUGUAACUUUAGUAAAAGAAAUGCAGUUUUUACAUUGUUAAAUUUGGUAAAAGAAACCAAAUAUGUGUACAUGAUUGCCACGGUAUUAAUUUGUUUUUACUUAUAAGUAUUAAUUUGUUUUUACUUAUAAAGUUGCAGGUAUACUACUGAAUUUAAUGAUAGUGCUUUUGAAUGGAUACGCAUCAUUAGGCCAUUGCUAACCCCUAAAAUAGAUUCUGAUAAAGUUUAAUUUAUUUAAUAAUAAUUGUUUCUUCACUUCUAGCUACAUACAAGUUUUCUCUCAAUCUUCAUAUCUUCAUGCCCAGACACUUACUACCAGUACAUGUAUAUAUUUACCCUCUUUUUCCCUGUACUUUGUCCUGUUACAUACAUUUUAUUCCCUUACCCCCCCCCCCCCCCCCCCCCACACACACACACACACACACAAAAUGACCCACCUACCCACACACAUAAUAAAUUAACAAAUAUUAACAAUUGUUUUGUGUUCUCAUAAGAAUUGUUUGCAUCAUAUUUUUUCUCAUAUUUUUAACAUAUUCCCAUUUGAUUUGGUUCUGGUUUUUUGUAUAACAAAGUCAAUUAAUGUCAGUUUGAAGUUAUUAAUUUUUUAACGUAAUAUUAAAACAUAGUUGGUUAACAGAAUAUUAAAAAUAAGUGAUUUAAAUUACAUAAAUACAAUGUACAAUUGAUAAAAUAUUAAUAACAAUUUUAACAAUUAACCUAAAGUAUUAUCCUUUUCCUCCUUGGGGGAAGGGGUGACAUAUUCAGUAAUUGGGUGGCCCCUUUGGGCUCAUUGAAAUGCAGAAUAACCCCCUUCCCUUGCCAUAAUGCAAGGAUACACCAAAAAAAGCAGUCUUGGUUGUUCCUGUGCAAUUUGGGUUUUAGAAUGUCCAGUAUGAAUAUAUUAAGAAUUUCAAAUGGUGCUGGAUUUCAAGCAUAAUAUUUUUUUCUGAUUAAUAAUAAUUAUGAUUAUAGAUUUAAUAUAAAAUCAUGUGUUUAUUCAGGUUCUCUUUCUUUGUAUUUUGUGUGAUGCAUUAGGCUUUUGUAUGCAGAAUGACUUCGUUAAGAUGGUAUGGGACGCCUCCAUGUUGUGACGUGACGUAAUAUUUAUCGAAAUAAAAAAGUAUAAAUUAAUAAAUAGUUCCUUUACCAAAAUUGAAAGCUUACAGCAUAGCGUAGUGGGUUAGUGGAUUCACUACGUACUUGUAAGUCAUGAAUUCAAAUCCCGCUGGGGGGGGGGGGGGGGGGGGGGGGGUUUAAAAAUUUUUUUUUUACUUUUUCAAAUAUUUUUAAAACAUAAUUUUUGGUAAAAUAUUGUAAUAUUUAAAAAUUUGAAAACGAUGAAAGCAUUUUAUUUAUAAUGUACUUAAAUCCACAUUAAUAUUGACAGAUGUCCCAUACCACCUUAAUUAGAGAGGAUUUUCAUGGUAAUGAAAGAUGUAAAUGACUUCAACUGUUUUAAAUGCUAUAUUCUUACUCUUAAGAAUUACCUGGUUUAACUUUUGUACGUUAAAUUUACCUGCAGCUAAAUUUUAGUGGUAAUUUGUUUUAAUUUUGCUUUACAGGGUAUUUAUUUUUCUCAGAUUUUUUUUUAUUCAAUAAACUUUGAAUUGAUGAAGUAUGAUUUGCCCAUUUUAUAUAACAGUUAAUAUUUUUAUAAUUUUAGUCUAACGUUGACUUGAUCAUUGUCAACGGUUUACAAGAUAAAACUAUUGAUAAAACUAUUGACACAUUGAUCUUGUUAAUUAUUAUAGAUUGUUUAUUAUAGAUUGUAAGUAAGCUGAAAAUCUUUAAAUGACAGAAUUUUAUGAUGUAGUAUGUUCUGGGAGCUAUCAUUUUACAGCUUGCAUUAACUUGCUACCUUCAUAUAAAAAAGUUUGAACAGUUUAUAUAUAUAUAUAUAUAUAUAUAUAUAUAUAUAUAUAUAUAUAUAUAUAUAUGUGCUUUUUGGCACAAAUACGUUACAUCUUGUCAAAAAAAUAAUUUUAAUGUAGUAUAUACAUGUACAUCCAUUUAUUUGCAUAAUUACAGAUGCAUAAUUAUGUUUUAAUCCCUAGCUAAAACUAUGAAAUCUAACCAUCCCCCAGGUUGUGCAUUUAAAAAAGAUAUCUUAAUAUGCAACUGAUUGCAUCCCAUCUACCAUUUAUAAAACAUGUACCAAGGGAGUUAACUGUGAAAAAGAUGCAUGUGUUCUGUUGUGCUGCCUGCAAAUAUUUUGUUUUAAGACCUAUUUGUUGCAAAUCAAAUAAAAUAUUCAAAAUGUUA